AUGUCUACUCUGAAAACGGUGCGACAAGCUACUGGUGCGAACACAGGCGUCCUAGUCUGGCAAGGCUGGGAUGUCAGCGAGUUCCAGGGCGAGACCGCCGUGCUCGAGAUUGUCGACCUGUCAACAGGCGGGUGGGGCCAUACAAUCGUCGACAAGAUCACCUUCUCAGACGGACCUAUAACAUCGCAAAAGGCCAACUGGAUGGAUUAUGGCCCAGACUUCUACGCAGCAGUGCCCUGGAAUGGCCUCGCCACGCAGGACAGAACGAACAUUGGAUGGAUGAACAACUGGCAGUACGCCCAAGUCAUUCCCACGGACCCAUGGCGUAGCGCCAUGAGUGUGCCUCGCGGCCUCUCGCUCCAGACUGUGAACGGGAAAGCUCAGAUCGUGCAGACGGCCAAAGAGAAAUGGUCCAGCCUUGAAAGUCGCGGCGGCAGCUACUCAAACAAGUGGAGCUCAGUCUCGGAAGGCACGCAAAAGCUAAAGCUCGACGGAAAGAUUUUGGACAUCGUCUUGACCUUUGAUGACCGUUCUGCCACCGCUGGCAAAGCAUCCCGAUUCGGAAUCAUUCUUCGCGCCUCCAAGGACUUGUCGCAACAGACUCGCAUAGGCUAUGACUUUACAAUCAAGCAGCUCUUUGUUGACCGCACAAAGUCUGGUAACUCUUCUUUCGACGCCACAUUUGCCAGUGUAUACUAUGCUCCACUGCAGGCUGCUCGUGGGGGCAAGAUUACAAUGCGUAUCUUGCUCGACUGGUCUUCGAUCGAGGUCUUCGGUGGCAUCGGCGAGUCAACUUUGACGGCUCAGAUCUUCCCGGCGGAUAGUGGAACAGAUGUUUUGUUGUUUUCGGAGGGGGGCAGGACGAAAGACGUGAGUGUAACGGCGAAGGGGGUCGGAUCUGCUUGGAAGUAA